CAUCACGGACCAGACAGCACCACAUACACCUUCAACAAAGACCACAAGCCCACCCUCACAGUCGACUCCGGCACCGAAGUCACCUUUGACAACACCCACGCCGGCUUCGUCAACCUCACCAAAGAAACAACAACGGCAGACGUCGUCGCACUAGACAUCAAAUCUGCCCCAGAACUCGAAAAGCUGGUAGGACUCCUCUACGUCAACGGCCCAGUUUACGUCAAUGGCGCCGAACCAGGCGACAUUCUCAAAGUCGAGAUCCUCGAAUUGCAACCCGGCUCAUGGGGCUGGACGGCCAUCAUCCCUGGAAUGGGGCUUUUGCAAGAUGAAAUCCCGGGCCCUCAUCUCAUGACGUUUGAUCUUCCCGAGGGCAAAGACUACGCCGUGUUCAAGCCAGGCAUACAUCUCCCGCGUCAGCCCUUCUACGGAACCAUGGGCGUCGCUCCAGCAGAAGGCGACCAGUACUGCUUAUUUCCGCGCAACGAUAUAGGCGGAAACUUUGACUGUCGAUACCUAGGCGAGGGGUCAACGUUGUUCCUCCCUGUAAACGUCCCCGGGGCGCUAUUCGGCGUAGGGGAUGCACAUUUCUGCCAAGGGGACGGCGAAAUCUGUUGUCUUGCGUUGGAAACGACAAUGCGCUCGCGGAUGCGACUGAGCGUCAUCAAAGGCAAGGACAGGCUUGGGGGGCCACAUUAUGAGACGAGUCCGGAGCGGGUGAAGGAGAUGGUGAGUGUCAAGGGUAAAGGAGAGCACGGGGCAAUGAUUACGGGGCAUGAUCGUGAUACAGUUGUGAAGCAGGCUGUGAAGGAGAUGUUGAGGUGGCUGGAGGAAGAGAAGGGGCUGACGAGGGUGGAGGGGUAUAUGCUGUUCAGCCUUGUUGGGAAUCUGAAGAUGAUGCAUGAGAUUGGGUUGGGAGUAUAUACGGUAUCUGCGAGUAUUCCGUUGGGAAUCUUU